ACAGGUCUGUGUGUCCGUCGUCGUCAGAGAAUCUAGCUACGUAGCUAGAGCAGCUCGCUUGUUGUGGUGGCUAACGACGGGAAGCAUGCUACGGUUCUCAAUUUAGUGAUAUUCGCCCAAUAGUAGGCGAAAUCUGCAGAAAUGGGGAAAAGAGACAAUAGAGUGUCAUAUGUGAACCCCAUAGCUGCAUCACGGGCCAAGGGACCUGCACCCAACGCAGGACCAUCUAUCCAGGAUUACCUGAGCAGACCACGGCCAACAUGGGAAGAGGUGAAAGAGAUCAUCGAGAGGAAGAAGAAAGGCUCCAGAGCUCUGGCGGACUUUGAGGAUCAAAUGAACGAGGUAUUGUUCAAAUGUCAACAAUUGUACUUUAUUGACCGGUUGUUAUUAUACCACAAAUCCAGUGUUUUCUUUUUUUCUUACAUUCAAAUAUCACAAUUUGCUUUGUAUAGAAUUGGAAGAAAGAGCUGGCGAAGAACAGAGAGAAGUUACUGGGUGGUGUUGACAAGGAGAAAGAGGAGAAGGAGAAGAAGGAGAAGGAGAAGAGAGAGAAGAAGGAGAAGAAAGAGAAAAAGAAGAAAGAGAAGGGGAAAAAAGAAAAGGGAAAGAAAUCCAACAGGCUCCUCCUCAGACUCUGAAGACGAGAAUGAAAAGAAGAGUGUCAAAAAGAGACGUAAAAAGAAGCGGUCCUCCUCCAAGAAAGCAUCAGAAGACUCGACUGUAGAAUCGGAGCCCGACAGCAAGGGCUCCUUCCCUCUCAUUCUGUUUCUCUCCAAGAAGACGAAGAUGGAGAUGGAGAUGAAGAAGAAAGAAAAGGAUGAAAAGAGCCGCAGGAAGAAGAGGAAAGCUGAGCAAAGUCAUAAAGACUCAUCCUCAGAGUCGUCAGCGGACUCAGAAGUGGAGGAGGGUGGUGAACCCAAGAAGAGAAAGAGAAGUAAUGAGGAGAAAGAAAAAAUAGCAGCAGACAAAUCAAAGAAGAAGAGGAAAAAGAAGCACAAGAAACAUGGCAGGAAGAAGAAGAAGAAGACCUCUUCUGACGUUGAGUUAGACUAACAUCUAGCGCUGUGGUUCUCUGUCCAACUGUCCACCACUAGAGAGCAUCUGCCUUUCCACUACCAAAAAAUCCCAUCUAGGCUGCUCCCAUGAUGGGGGUAGUUGAUGGAUAAGGGGAACCGCUAGCUUUCUGCUCAUGAGAGUUGAGAUGGUGGGGAGAUGGGAUAUGGGGUUUCUAAUGUUAAUUAAGGAAUGGUGAACUGGGAGUUACGGGUCAUCAAACCCUCUGUGACAACUUUGCAUAUUUGUUUUUCUUUUGUCUGUUGCUAGUUUUUAUUAGAUCCAAAUGAACGUCGUCGAGGACACCAUAAGUCGUCGUCAAGGACACCAUAAGUCUGUCAAGUGUGGCCCAACUGAACUGAAACAUUUGCAUAUGAAAUGAAAAUGAACUUCCAUACAUGGAUAUUGAUCAGCAGUGUACAUUUUUUACACCUUUGGUAUGCUGCCCUGCUAUGUCUAUUUUACCAUUCUUGGAGAUCUCGUGCAUCACUAGCUACACUGAGGUCAUUUUGGGACUUUGUUAUGCUGGUGCCCAGUGUCAUGAUGCAUGCAUUCUGAUAUGAUGGUCACUUCUCUUGCCAGCCUCAUAUUGAAGUUGGGAUUGUGAAAAUACGAGUGAAAUUGUCAUUAUCACAAGGGAUAUACUGUUCAAUUCUGUUAAUGUAAUGAAUUCUACAACUGAAUAUCUAUAAAUGAAUGGGUUUUAAUGAUUAAAGUAUUGUUUUAUCCUUGAUAA